CCAUCAUCACCACUGUUACACCGCCACUGUUCACCUAUCAUCUGUUUUCACUCACUAUCACCACAACAAACCCAUUUCUCCCUUUUUAACCUAAUCGGACCAAAGAAAGGAAGAACAGUAAGCAUUAUUGUUUGACGCAUAGCAACAGGAAGAAGAGAGAAACAAGACAACCAAUUUUUUGGUCUCAAUGUGUUUCAUCGAACACUAGACAGGCAGAAAGGUCUGAAAUGGAUGACCAACCACCACCACCAGGGUUCUUACACCCUUCCCGAUCAUCCAUUCCUCCCACUGAACAACAAGCCAUUCCCACUCCACCAAAUCUAGCCAACUUACCCCCAUGGUUGCUUAAAUCACUUUUAACUGGUCCAAAACCCCUUAGAACCAUCAGACCCACACCAACAACCCCUAUUCCCAUUGCCCAACCCACCAGUUUUGUCUUACAAUAUCAAAACCCACUACCACCCUCCACCAAAAAACCCCCUGUCCCCACUCUUGUAGAACCCACCAAAACAACCCCUGUUCCUACUGUUAUGAAACCCACACCAACAACCCCUACUCCCAUUACUUUAGCAUCACCCCUUACUAUCCCCAUACAACCUCAACCAAAAUCCCAUUGUCCAGCCACAAGGUCUACUGAGCGCCAUAUCACAAAACCAAUGACUAAGGAGGAAGGAGAUGCCAUAUAUGUAGAAAAUUAUGUUCCAAAAGGUUUUCCUAAACCAAAACCAAAGAGGGCAAGGGCAAAGAAGCUGAAAAUCGAGGAUGAAAGCAUAGAUUCCCAACAUUCAGGACUGCAGGCUACAUUAGAUCAAACCUCUCAAGGUAUUGAAAAGACUGAAAGCACAAAGUUUGAUACUUGCCACAUCAACCCCAUUGUAAGUCUUUCUGACUCACCAUUCCCUAAGCACACACACACAAUUGGUGCUCAAAGUGAUUGCACCAUAAAAAGUGAUCCAAUUCAUGUUGAGCAUCACGAUAGUCAGGAAAUACUUGGUGAUGAUUCCAUGUUUGAUAUUGAUCUAAAUGCAUAUUUUAUGGAAGAUGUUGAACUAACUCAUUUACUUGAGUGGCCGGAGUCCACAAGUUCCACAUAUGCUAUCAUACUUAUGGAUGCACACACCUCACACCACCAGUUUAAUGAUUCCCAUAUGGUAGAUUUGGGGAAGGUUGAUUUGACUUCUCAGCACUACACUCCCCCACCCACCUCGAUCGCAUUUUAAAAAUCCAUUCUAUGCACUGCCCCCUUUCCUCAUUUACAUACCUACAUCACACAUGAUCAUUGGGCACAAAAUGCUAUUAUGACCAUGCCACCAACAACCAGCACCUACAUAACACCACUUGUGAGCACUACCCAUGAUACCAUCCCCGAAUUUCAGCCAACUUUAGCCCCUUCUUCUGAUCUUUCUAAAGACAAAUCCAAUGAGGAUAGCAACCGCACAUCUAGUGACUCUGACUUGGUUUCUAUUGAGAAAUUCGUCAAAAAAAGAAGGGCCGAGUCCGAAGACUCUGAUUUGGACUCCUGAUGAGGGCAUACCGCUGUCCCAACUUAGGAGAUCCACAAGGCAGCAUGUAGCAUCCAGCCCAGCCAGAAAAAGUGCCCAAACUAGAAGAUUGGACAACCUUAGUGAGAGUGGCCGGAAACCAAGGAAUUUCCAGAAAUUCAAGACUAUUUUGGGGUUAGGAGAGAGAGGGUUUGAUAGAAGUUGUCUUGAGACAUACCCAUUCAUCAGUGACAUUAUCAUCCAAAGGGGUUGGGAGGCUUUCACAACUGUGAGAGAGCCUUACUUCCUCAAGUGGGUACAAGAGUUCUAUGCCUCAGUCUCAUCUACUCACACUACCUCGGUUCAUAUCCGAGGUAAAAAAGAUCUCUUACUCUUCACACACUAUCAACUCUUUCUAUGAUUUGAUUGCACCUCUAGUUUGUGAGUAUCGCAGGUUGUUACAUGAUCAUACGGAGGAAGAUUUGCAUCUCGUACUUAGUGUUGUGGCAAAAGAAGGCGCAACUUGGAAGUCACCCCGAAAAUGCAGCCCGCUUAAAUUCCAAACCAACCUUUUGAAAAAAAUGCAGCUGUUUGGAAUCAUUUUUUGGGAUACUCAUUUCACCUAACCACACACAAUUUGAGCAUCUCACUAGAUCACAUGAUCUUACUGUACUGUAUUCUUGCAGGCAAAGCAGUUGAUGUAGGGGCAGUCAUUUCUGAUUCCAUUCAUGGAUGCACACAUAAACCAACCGGUCGACUUUAGUUCCCGGCGUUGAUCCAUGGUUUGAUGAAAAAAGCAAAAGUAUCGGUACCACCCGGCCAGGCAUUAACAACAAAUGCACUACCCAUUGAGUGCAAGACGGUCGACAUAAUUUGCAAAACACCCAGAACUGAUUCCGGACAACCUCUUAUUGUACCAGACAACAACCACACAGAUAAGGAAUUGAUGCUUGAAGUCAAACGAUUGAAGGAAAAAGUCACCACUUUGGAGACCACUUUGAAAAAGACCACUCAGUCACACAAAAUAGCAGUGGAGCAAGCAUUGGAAGCACACAAAAGACAAGCUUUUUGCAACGAUGGAGGAAAGAGAUGCGCGACUAAUGGCCGAUUUAAAGAACAUGAUUUUUGGGAUGUCGCUGAGCACCGAAGACCCAUCCAUGGCACCUACUCCACCCGAGUAGACAAGUUUGUCUAUCAUCCCUUUAGCUCCAUUUUUUUCCCUUUUUCACGAGUCUGGGAAUUGUCUGUGUUAGUUUUAUUAAUAUUAGCAUUUUUUAUGGAUGGAAAUGUAUGGCCUAAUCUUCACUACAACCAACUUGUAUUUAUAGCUUGAGUAACUUAAAAGUUACGUGAGUUUGGGUUCUGACUCACAUUGCAGUGCAAGAGUUGAACGAAACUUGGUUCCACUUGUCAC